AUGGGUGAAAACAUCCCUAACUCGGGGGUGGACGAUAAUAUAAGCAAAUUGAAUUUACAAUUUCCUUUUGGACAGCCUCUUGCAGAAAACUCAUGAGAUAUAGGAAAUUCCCGAUUAUGGCGCUCAAUGCGCCAUCAUCGGGCAUCUACAGUAAAGGAUCCACACUAGAAACGGAUUCUACAUGUGGAGCCCUUUUUGACACGUGGAGAAUCCUCACUUUCACACGCCAAAAAGGGCUCCACACGUGGAACCCAUUUCCCGUGUCGACCCUGAGCUGUAGUUGCCCGAUGAUGGCGCAUUGAGCGCCAUCAUCGGACAACUUGUAUAUGCUUUUUAGCUCCAUUCAGCAGCGAACAAAUCAGUUCUAUCAGUUUUGAGAAUCAUCAAAACAAUUUAAGUCAUCAGCAGUAGAAAUAUCUGACUUGUUUCAGACAUUGAAUAAAAACUUGAAGUCUGUACGGUCUCCAAAACAGAAAAGAGCAUUGACCAAGAAAGAGUUUCUUAGGUACAUUACUGACCGGAAUCAAGACUUUAAAUACAAACUGUCAGCAAUUGGCUUUCCUAAAAUAAUUUGCAAGAAGAGAUUUUUUAACUUCAAUGUAAUUUUAUCAGAAUUAACUGAAGAAAUACUAUCCGAAAACUAUGAAGUCCCGUUAAUUGUUGAAGCAUGGACUGCAGAGCCCAAGCCUGCUCUGAUCAACCAUAACAAGGAAGGAGAAAAUUUCAUUCAAGGAACUAGCAAUUGCACACUAAAAUAUCAUUCCCGCAGGAAAAAGUUUUUGGCAUCCGUCAGAAUCGCAGUCACUGAGGUAACAUCACACUUUAUGAAUGGCUGAAUUUUUAUUCUGGUCAGAGAAGAUGCAGGGAGAGGAUCUCAUAAGAACAUUAGGCCGUUAGUUAUAAAAGAAGUCACAGUUAAAGCGAAGAAAUUCCAAGUUAAAGUUGAAGAAAGUGAUUAA